CACAGCAGAGCCUGAUGCUUCCAAGAGAAUGACAGAAGCAGCAGCAGUCUCUGCCCCGGCUCCCUCUGCUCCUGGAGAAGAAGCCAAAGAGGGGCAAAAGGAGCAAGACGACCACGAGCCUGCAGCUGUGGUCACAGCAGAGCCUGAUGCUUCCAAGAGAAUGACAGAAGCAGCAGCAGUCUCUGCCCCGGUUCCCUCUGCUCCUGGAGAAGAAGCCAAAGAGGAGCAAAAGGAGCAAGACGACCACAAGCCUGCAGCUGUGGUCACAGCAGAGCCUGAUGCUUCCAAGAGAAUGACAGAAGCAGCAGCAGUCUCUGCCCCGGCUCCCUCUGCUCCUGGAGAAGAAGCCAAAGAGGGGCAAAAGGAGCAAGACGACCACGAGCCUGCAGCUGUGGUCACAGCAGAGCCUGAUGCUUCCAAGAGAAUCCUUCCAGAGAAAGAGCAGGAGCAGAUUGCCUUAUCAGAGAUGCCAUGCCAGACUCAGGGAGAGCUGAGAGCCCGAGAGCAGGAAGAGCAGCUCAGGCAGCAGGUGGAAGAGCCACAGGAGAAUGGCCAGAACAUCAAGGCAGAGCCACAAGCAGAGCUGCCCGAAGCUCAGAGUGCCAUCACAGAAGUGAAGAAGAGGAACCAGGAAGAGACAAGAAGAAUUCAAAAGGAGAUGAAUCUCCAUCAGCAGAGGGGUGAUCAACAAAACCAGGUGACUGAAAGAGUGGCAGUCACUCCACUUGUGAAAGAUCCUCUCUCUCGUAUUUUAGAGAAAUUGAAGGAACAGCUGGACACAGACUUUCAGAAAGCUCACGCUAAGAUCAUGGCAAGGGAGAAGAGGCAGGAGGAAGAAAUGAAAAUCAUCAGAGAAAAACUUAAUCCCCUCCCUCAGGCUCUACAAAAGCAAGUGCAAGUGUUGACAUCUCACCGGGCAGCCAGCAAAGACUUCCGGCAAAUGAGUGGCAAUGAAGAGCCCCGAGGCUGGCAAAAUCCAUGA